CACGCGUCAACUCUCGGUGCUGAUCCAACAAGGAUUUACAAUGGUCUUCAAAAAGGCAGCACCAAGCUUCACCAACUUUCCAAAACUCCCCACCGAGAUUCGAAUCAAAAUCUGGGAAGAAGCCUCCUACCUUCCACGAAACGUCGAUAUCUGGCCAGACCGUUCUGAAAGUGUUCCGGGUGAAUGGUGGGACCCCCUCUAUGCAGGAGGCAAGCAAACAUUACGAGCUUGCUUUGGAUUCAAGAGUACCUUGGAACAUGAUGUGCAGAUUUCAGUCCCCCAUCGUAUCUACGUCAAUUGGAAGAGCGACACGGUUUUCCCCGUACCUUUGGGGGACAGCGACUGGCAUACCGACCUAUUAGAGAGACCGGAGAUCUCCAAGGUUGCAAUGAAUAUUGCCGAAAAAUGCUACCAUUUCAAAAUUUUACGUCCAUCACUCGAGGAGGCCAUCCUGUAUUACCUAGACCCUCUCAUGGACCAAGAUGCAUUGUCGUCCUAUUUUGACCACUUUGAAGUCAGCUUCCGACCAUUUAAUCGCAGAGGGCCACCCAAAAGGUUGAGGGAGUUAUUCGAUUUGAAUAAGGCUUACAUCGAAACCGACUACGAGGUUAUGAUAGAAAACGAGGCUCGCAAACGUCUCCCUGAUAAUCAUAUCAUCCUCAACGCCGAGGACGAUGUCGAGCGUAACAGAGCACUCGAACUUGAGAAGGAAAAGCUCCGUCUAUUGCAUCCAAUUCCGGUCGUGAGGUACAUGCGCCUUUUUCUAAAUGGAAAAGAUUCGAGCAAUAUUCAGAACCGGUACCUAUCUUCAGCUCCACAAAUUGUCGGGUGA